CAUUAACUCAGCUGGCAUCCACCAAACAUGACCUGAUCAACCACACCCUCUAGAAAGGACUUUGUCCCAACUCCCUAGAGAUAGAUAUAUAGAUGUAUCCCUCUCCCAUAUUUCACAUCAUAUAUAUACACUAUUCGAACCCAUGCACAUCAACCACUGCUCAAGUCGGAGUUUCAUAACUAUAGUGGUUAAAAAAAUUUGUCUUUGAUCUCGUUUCUUGAAGUGAGAGAGUUUCGGUUUUUAGGAUGAGUUAUUUUAGGAGUUGCUUGACCGCUCUCCGGUGGAGCACGUCUAGUGGAUGCAAGAGCUUCCGAAAGAAGAGAAAAAUGUCUUCCAACUCUGAUGCACCGGCGACUACUGCAUCGUCGUUUGCGGCCAUGGAAGUGUCAAAUCAGUUCAAGCAAGUGUUUGAGGUGAUGGAUGCAAACGGGGACGGGAAGAUAUCUCCGGUGGAGCUCAGUGAAGUUCUCUGCUGCCUCGGGUACAAGAACAAGUCCGCGGCGGCGAAAGAAGCUGAAGGGAUGGUGAGAGAGAUGGACUGCAAUGGAGACGGGUUUAUUGACUUGGAUGAGUUCAUGAAUGCUGUGAAUGUUAAUGAUACGAAGAGUAAUGGCUGUGAUGAUCUCAUGGAUGCUUUUCUUAUAUUUGAUACUGAUAAGAACGGAAAGAUUUCAGCCAAGGAGUUGAGGAGGGUGCUAGUUAGCCUUGGAUGUGAAAGAAGCAGUCUCAAAGAGUGUAAACAAAUGAUCAAAGGGGUUGAUAAGAAUGGAGAUGGGGUUGUGGAUUUUGAAGAAUUUAGGUUGAUGAUGACAAGAAAUGUCUAAGUUGAUCAAAGAUCAUGUUGAACUUUUAGGUUUUUCUUCAUCAGUUCUACUUUGCAAUCAUGUAUUUGCAAUAGUUUGUAUGAAGAUAAGAAGGUUGAUUGAUUGUGUUAGAGAUGUCUUAAAGUUUAGAAGAAACUUUGGAAUA